GCUGAAUGUUUUCGAGCAGAGAGUUCACACUCGGCCGUCAAGCAAGGUUCCUUGUGACUCCAAAAAGCUUCGCCCAACAGAGCGAUAGUCAGUGACCCGUAUUGUACACCGUUCAGAAAAGGCAGAUUUACGUGCAGUAACACACUAAGUAGGCAGCCAGUCUCGGUGAAGAUAGGUGACUGUCCUUGAAUGAAGACAGAUUCGUCCCAGGUCUUUGCCACAUGGACUCUGGAAAUCUCCACCACUGAGCAAAUGAUCAUUGCUGCAGGCCACCGUUCUGGGCCAUGCCCGCAUCUUUAUCGCCACGGUAGACGCUCCAUCGGAACGGAGAAAAACCAAGAUCGGCCAAACACAUCAGCCGAGGUCUUGACAGUGAGUCCCCCUGGGUCUUCAGACAGAAGUUGCGUCAAGGCCGAGAGCAAAUCUUGCAUUGUCUUUCCUUCUGCCCUUUCCAGUACGCUACACAAACAGCUUGUUUUCAGAAAAGCUCUCGUCUCCUUUUCCCGGUGGCGGGUGCCCCCUCUCCCUGUUGCUGAAGGCAUUCCUUGGUAGCGAACUGUGUUCCUCCGCCGCUUUUUUGUGUGGUCCCGAUUUUCUCAUAACGAUUUCCACUUGUGUAAGGGACGCAUCCUCUCUUGCACCAAGAAGAAGUUGUCCGGGUGUUCUGUCGCGUAUUGCUCUUCACCGGUAGUUAUCUUGACGAGCUGCAUGCAGUUGACGGAGAAACUCGCUAGGCGGGGUGGAGAACAACAUGUUCCCCUCGGUUCAGUCUUCCACUCUGUUGGGCCAAAGACCGCAUGUCCCAUGACAAUAAGAGCCUUUUUCUGUUUCGGACCUCUUUUCUCCGUUCGCCUUCGUCGCUGGUUCGUGUUUCGAUCCAUGUCUCCACAGUUUCUGGCGCCGUUACCUCUGCCGCCGAGAGAAAGUCGUUGCUGUCUACUUUCGACUGCGGACAGUGGUGUUUCGGGUGUCUCGGCACUUUUUCCACGAGCAGGUUUUCUGCCUUCUUCGAAAAAUGACAUGCAGUGAAGGCAGAAGAGAUGAGUCAUCCUCUUUGUCCUGCCCAAAAAAGCGCCCGGACAAUAACUGAACGCGAUCGGGGAAAAGGUCCUUUCUCGCUUGGGCGCUCGUUUGUCUUCCACGCUUAGUCAAGAAAAACUCGUUGGCCAUCUUUUCUUUGUACGGAUCGUGCUUUAUUCCGCCUCGACCGGUAAGCAGAGUAGGACUGGAAAGAGCCUCCCAGUUCCCAAGGUUGAGGAGGAAGGACCCGGCCGUUCUCGGCUUGUGUGCAUGCAUGCCCUUUUGUUUCGAAAUUUUGUGUCCCUUUCCUCACCCUUGACUACUCUCUUCCUGCCUGCUUGUCUGCCUCCUUAUCGACCCACUGUUUCCCACUGUUUCUCCACAUCUCCGGGGCUUCAGCUUCUGGGAUGCCUUGUCCAGUUUCUGUCUGAGCUUCGGUGCCGAUGCAGCACCGGUUGUCUUUUCCUGUCUCCACCCGACUCCCUUUUCUCUUGGCGUCGCUCUUCUAGAGUGAAGACUGCGUUCUCGUUCGCGAGAGGCGCAGGGGCGGGAGGCGAAAGAAGUGGAUCCACGAAGACAGAAACCGCUUUGCUGUAACGAGAGACACCCCACUGUCCCGCACUCGCCGUUCUGCAUGCCUUGGUUUUUCCACGCCGCCUGCCCAUCCAACCUUCCCCUCUUCUUCUUCUUUUUCUCGCUCUGUUUCUUCGCCUGUUUCCUCUGCCUUCGAGUCUCCCCGUAGAUGCACCUCCGCGUCGGCAGUUUCCUUUCUUCUUCUCUCUUUUGAUUUUCGUGCUGUCUCCACUGCGAGAUGGAGGGAGGGGGUCCGGUGGCGGUUUCACCCUCAGCAAGACCUGAGGUGAGCUCCAAGAAUCGGGUGGCGUCCGCCUCCUCUCGUCUUGACACAGAUGGACCUUUGAGUGACUUUCUGGAGCAGCAGAACGCCUUCUUCUCUCACUUGCACACCGACUCGGCUUCUUCUCAUGUGGAAGCGGCAAUCAACGGCGACUGUUCUGUCACCUCUCCUCUGCCGGCUCUGCCUUCUCUCUCCACCGUACCUCCGCCGUCGCAUGCAGACCUCGCCUCGCCGCCCCCGCUGCUCUCUCCUGGAAAGGAAAACGGCAUCUUUGGCGAUCCCAGAGACCCCUUCGCGAACCUCUUUUCUAACUCUUCUUCCUUUUCUUCCUCUUCUGCUUCUUCUGCGUCUUCGUCUUCUGCGUCGUGUGAGCAUUCUGGAGACGAUGACGACUCCAUCUUGUCUUCGUCCGAAAUUCGGGAGCAGCUUCGCCUGCAGCUUGCGGCCGCGCGCUACGUGCAGCAGGGCGCUGUGCCUCCUGCAGAGAUUCUCUUUCGCAUUCACCAGGCCCUGCCGAAGCGGGAGCGCAGAAAGUGGAGGGACGCAAACGGCCGAGCCGCGCGACCUGCGGUGACGCACAUUCUCCAGAAAAUCCGUCAAGGCAGUCGCCAGGAAGCCUUUGAACAACUCGAGGAGAGAAGGCGCCUUCUUGAUGGACUGCUGGACGGCAAGAAUAGGGAGCUCUACGAGCAAUUCUGCUGCUUUCCGGAGUCUGUGAGAGUGCAAGCGACUCUGGAGCGUCGUCUGCAUUCGCUUGCUCGUUUCCAGGAGAGUUUGCGGAGUGCAGUGGUCGAGGAGGGCCGGCGGACUCUGGCGCCUCCGAGCGCGUUGCUGCUGAGGCCGCAAGUUCCGCGGUCGCUUCACGAGCGAGCGUUUCUGUGUCUCUGCAGCUGCGCCGGCUGCUGCCGGAAGUCGCACCCAGUCUCCGAGCGUCUCCUCGCGUCGUCCUUGGCGGACGCCUCGUCUAGCCAGAGGAAAAGCGACGUCGUUGCCCUGCACACAAAACGGGAGAACGCGCCGUGCUGCGGCUGCUGCUGCUUCGGCUUCUGCCGCGGCUGCGUCUCGCGAGCCGCGGGCGCCGGCGCGGCGGCGUCGCGCCCCGGGGAGAAGAAGAGUGGAAGGAAGGACGACGACGAGAAGCGAGAAAAGGGGAAGCGAAGAGCGACUCUUGCCUGGCCUGCUGCUUCUGGAUGCGGAGUGUUCGACGCACUCGGUCAUGUAAGCGGCGACGACGCCUGGAGACGCGGACCCACGGGAUACCUGCAAAGACUCGCGAUCAAGGCGCGACAUCGGACUUUGUCGGCAGUGCAGCAAGUCUACGCAGCGGUGCAGGCGCGGCCUUGUCCGGCGCUGCAGCCUCCACUCCGUCAGCAACAGCAGAGAAGAAGGCUGUGGCACCAGGCAGCUGCUCAAGUUCGGUCCAUGGAGAUGCGAGAGGAGUGGAGAGAAAAAAGAGCUGUCGCGAAGCGUCUAGCUGCCACUGCGGCGUCUCAGGUGGCGGCGAUAAAGCAGAAGCAACAGCAACUCCGAGAAAAGGCACAAAAAGAACGAAUGCGACUGCUGAAGGAGAACGACAUGGCGAGUUACAUGAAGUUGGUGGAAGACACAAAGAAUGCACGCCUCCGAGAACUGCUCGCCGCCACUGACGCCUUCCUCACGGAUCUCUCCGUCAAAGUUCGCGCCCAGCAGGUCGCCACCAAGGACCUUGCCAGACAACAUCAAAUGAGCGAAGACAGACGGAAGCAGACAGACGAUCUGGGGGAUGGAGAGGCCGCUUUCGGCGACGCACAUAAGGGCAGCGGAGAAGCGCAGAAGGGAGGAAACGAAGUAGAGAAGAUCGACAAGACAGACGAGAAGACAGAAGAGACAGAGAAGAAAGAGGAGAGAGAGAAGAAAGAGAAGAAAGAGGACGACGCACAGAACAGUUCGGGAUCUUGGGCGCUUGGCCAGGACCAGUACUACGCCAUGUCUCACCAAGUUCAAGAAGAAGUCCAGCAACCGUCCACUUUGACCGGCGGAGACUUGAUGCCUUACCAGAUGGCGGGUCUGUCGUGGAUGCUUUCUCUCUACAACAACGAUCUCCACGGCAUUCUCGCGGAUGAGAUGGGACUGGGGAAGACGAUUCAAACGAUUGCCUUGUUGGCGUAUCUGAAGGAGUUCAAGAACAACUCUGGACCUCACCUCAUCAUUGCGCCGCUCUCGACGCUCCCGAACUGGGCAGACGAAUUCCGCCGGUGGUGCCCGUCUCUCAAAGUCGUCGUGUUGAAGGGUGGCAGACUGGAACGGCGAGAGCUGCAGCGAGAACUGCGACGAGGAGAUUUCAACGUUUGUCUUACGACUUUCGACCUCGCUAUGCGUGAACGCCAUGGCCUCUCUUUUCCGAACUGGAGACACCUGGUCGUGGACGAGGGACAUCGCAUGAAGAACAGCAAGUCGAAGUUCCACAUCUGCGUCUCGGAGUUUCGAGCAACGCAUCGCCUGCUGCUCACUGGAACGCCUCUGCAAAACAACUUAGCUGAACUUUGGUCGCUGCUCAACUUCCUUCUCCCGAAAAUCUUCUCCUGUGCGAGCGACUUCGAAAAGUGGUUUAGCCAGCCGUUCGAAGGCCAAGGCAUGCCGGUGGAGGGCGGCGACCCAGACGGGGCAGGGACUGCCUUCUUAAACGAGGAAGAGAGGCUGCUGAUCAUCAACCGUCUGCAUGCAGUCCUGCGUCCUUUCCUGCUGCGAAGAGUGAAGAAAGACGUCCUUAAAGACAUGCCGGAGAGAAAGGAGUACCUCGUCCGCAUCUGCCUCUCGGCUUGGCAACAAGCCGUCUACAAACAAAUCCAGGAAAAAGGCCUCCGAACGGUGGACCAAGUGGGACAUGUGACGAAGCGUGGGUUUCAAAACACAUUGAUGCAACUGCGAAAAAUCGCGAACCAUCCGUACCUUUUCGUCGAUGAGUAUCUUGUGAACGAAGACCUGGUUCGCGUCGCCGGAAAGUUCGAGUGUCUCGACAGAAUGCUGCCUAAGCUCCUCCACUUCAAGCACAAAGUUCUCAUCUUCUCUCAAAUGACUCAGGUCCUCGACCUCAUGGCUGAGUACAUGCAUCUUCGCGGCUACAAAUACGCGCGCCUCGAUGGAAGUGUGGGGUUGACGGAACGGAAGGAACGAAUGGAGGAAUUCAACAACGCAGAGGUCGACACCAUGAUCUUCAUGCUGUCGACAAGAGCCGGCGGCUUGGGUCUGAAUCUGCAAGCUGCGGACACAGUCGUUCUGUUCGACAGCGACUUCAACCCCCACCAAGACUUGCAGGCGAUGUGUCGAGCGCACCGGCUUGGCCAGACGAAGCAAGUGAAAGUGUUUCGGCUGGUCACGAUCAGCGGCGUGGAGGAAAUCAUUUUGGAGAAAGCAAACAGGAAACUGAACAUCGACCAGAUGGUUAUCCAGGCAGGCAUGUUCGACAACAAAUCGAGCGAAGAACUCAGAGAAGAAAAACUCAGACUUCUUCUUCUUCUCCACAAGGGAACGACAGGCGACACAACCGCCACCACUCCCCUUCAAUUGAAUCGCAUUCUCGCUCGGACGGAGGAGGAGCAGAACUGGUUCGACGAGUACGACUGUCGUCUGUUCGGGAAGCCUCUCGAGGAGCUGCGUUUACAAGACGACCAAGACUUGGAGCGAGCCGCGGCGGCGGCUGAGGCAGCGGGAGCCGCGCUCGCGGCGGCGGUGGAGGCGACUGGAGCCCAAGAGGAGGAAGAAGAGAAGGAGAAGACUAUGAAUCGUCUUUCCUCUCAGCUGGACGACGAGAAGCCGGUCGAAGAGGACUCUGAAAACGAGGGUGAUAGUCCGGAGGAGACAUUUGAGGAGACAGAGAAGGGAGGCGACGAGGGCGGGGCGCGGCCCACACGCCUGCGGCGAGGCGACGACCCCACAGAUACAGAAGAGCAAGAUGGUUCGCGAGAAGGACCGACGUCGGCGAAACGGGAGGCGGAGGUCGAGGUCGCGGAGACCACCGCGGUGCGCGUCCGAGACGCAGAGGCGAAGAAAGGCGUAGGAAUCGGCUCGGGAGAACCGGCAAAAUACGAGAGCGAACCGAAGAAAGCAGCUGUCGCCGAGUUCCUCGAGGCCGCGGGGCGUCUGAUGUGUGUGUCGGAGUUGCCCGCGUGGAUCGUCGAAGACGAGGAGGAACCAGCGAACGCAAAGUCGGAGGAAGACGACGACGAAGGUCCUGCGGGUCGCCGGAAACGGAGACAGCGUGGCUGCGUAGGGCGCGUGCGGUACUGCGACUCUUUGUCCGACGCGAAGUACGUGAAGCUGAUCGAAAAAUACGAAAACGGCGAGCUUUGGGAGGAAGGCCUCGAAGAGGCUCUCCUCCGAGAAAUCGAGAGACAGGAGCAGCGCCGCAGGAGACGCGAAAUGCGCAAGGGCGGAGACACCUCGGCCUGCAUGUCUCCCACGGCGGACCUCGAGGCCGGUCGCGCCCAACGCGGUCGCAAGCGGAAGAUCCGCGAGGGAGACACCUCGCCAGAGCGCUCCCAGGAACGCCUCAAACUCGCCCCCAGCGGACCACGACCGCGAGGGCGUCCCCGCAAACACCUCCCUGUCCCUGAAGAGUCUCCGAAUGGAGACACCGACGCCCCUGUGGGGUCUGGCGGCCGAGGGCGCCGACGCACGCGGUCGGGCACCGAAGACGAGAAAGGCCGAGACAAAGGCGACUGCAUGCGCUACGCCUCCAGAUCGCGGACGCGCACCCGUCGGUCGCGGGGAGACAGCGAACUCUCCGACGGGAUUCGCGGCAGAAGCUCUAAAGAAGACGACGACGCUGCCGACAACAACAGCAUGGAGGAAGAAGCCGAGUGAAGAUCAUAGAGCGAGAAACGAGACUUUGCGGAGCAUCCUUUUCAGGCUCGAAAGAGGUUGUGGGAGAGUCUUGAGUCUGUUGAGAGAGUGAGCGUUUCGCUAGGGACCUGCCGCUCCUCUCUGGCGCUCCGCGGGGACAGCAGAGGAUUCAUGGCGAAGAGCGGGUCUCUCGAGUUCUGCGAUAUGAGUGGCGAGUCUGGAAAACCGCUGCUUGCGUUCAGUCUAGAGUAGCUUCUGGGGGGAGAAACGAGAUCUCUCGGACGUCUCUCGCUGCAUCUCUGGGAAGGGGAGACAGAUCGUUUUCACGAGGCAGUCCAUUCGCAAAGUACGAAACCUUCGACAGAGUGAACUUUUUUUGAGACUCGAGACCGGACGCCUCCUUCCCUGCUGAGAACGGGAGUGUGCCUGAAGACUCUUUGUCGUGACGACCACAGCAAGGAAACCUUGAAGAAGACUCGGUCAGUCUGCGUCUGGUUUCUGCAGUCUCGUCCAGGACGUUGAAGGCGCGAACGUCUCGCCGAAACGCAGACACAGACAGAGUCCUCUCCAAAAAACGAAGACGGCUCCGUCUGGAGUCGCUGUGCAAGCCGAGUCUGUUUAGGGCUCCUCGCUUCUCCUCCUUGGGCAUCUGGCUGGAGGCUCGCACCUCUGCGGUGAGCGUUUGUAAUGCUCUGAUACGCGCCAGCACAGUCCCAAGUGAAUUCCGGGGAACUGACGCCAUUCGCGCCCUCCCGGAACUCAGAGCGACGCAUGCGUCCCCAGCAAAUACCGCAGCGCGCGUCCUGCGAAUCUCCAAAAGAGAUCAACAACUCACGCAAGUACGCGCGGCUGCUCUCUCGUUGUCUUCUUCCGGUAAACACAGGGGCC